AUGGGGUGCUCGGGCGAUCGUGAAAAAGGCAAUGCUGUUACUAUGGAGGAGCAAUGGGACUACGUGAACCUCAACGAUUUCAAGUCCGACUCGUGCUGGGCAGGCUUCUCGUACUUCUUCCUCUGGGUGUUCCUCAUUGUCUCAUUCGCUGUCUAUGGUGUCGACACGUUCACUGCAGUCAACUUGCUGGCUUUCUCUCGUUGGUCCGGCCGUGUGGAACCCGCCAUCCCUUUUAGAAUCUCUCGAUGGAUUUUUGCCGCUUGCAUUCUCACCUCGUUCGCCCUCCUUAUUUACCGAUGGAUUCUCGCUAUUCGGGCCAUCCGUUCCGGCAGUAUCACUCGGAGCUAUCUGGACCCUCUGGCGGUGCGCGUGCAGAGUUUCCGGGUAUUCACCAAGGAGGGUAACGGAUGGAAACGGUUCCUUGUUUUCGCGGAAUUGACAAAGAGUAAAAAGGGCGCCGAAUAUGUGGCUCUGUACACAUACUUCUCCUUCCAAUUCUGGAUGAACACCAUCUUUGCGGAUGGUCCCCGUCAGGUUAUCAAUGCCAUCACUCUCUACUCUGUGAUGAAGCUAGACCUGCUCCCAGGCGGUGCAAACACAACAUCGGACAAUGAUACCUCACCGAUCUUGCAGUUCUUUAAUAACGUCAAAAUUCUCGCCGAAGAGAACAACCUGCAGGCCGUGGUCUUGUUCGGUAUGCUUUUCACCUUGAUCAUCUGGGUUCUUUCUGUUUUGAAGCUUGCAUCAGCUGUUAUUCUCUACUUGGUCUUCCUCUUCCACCAUAUUCCAGAGGAAGACGGGACACUCAAGGCAUACUGCCGCCGCAAAAUUAGCACCCGACUCAAGCGCAUCGUACAGCGUAAGGUCAACAAAGCAUUGGCCAAAGGCUUCCAGUUACAAGAUCGCGCUCCAACUCAACCGACCUUCGCAAGCCGAGAUACAAAACCAACAUUGCCUGACUUGAAGAAGGGCCCUAUCGUGACAACUUUGUCACGAAGCACCACCGAGACCACCUUGCCACCCUAUACCAGGACGAACUCCAAUGCCACGGAGACGAAUCCAACUCUGCCUAAUCUCGAGUUCGAUAGCAAGCCACCGCUCACUCGAACGGCAACCCAGUCAUCCGCAAUGUCCGAGUCUGCUUCCCUCACUGGCAACGCCGCUGGGAUGGGAUACAGUCCUCUUGACCGUCAAGCUUCCCCGCUUCCACCUGUACCACCUCUACCCACCUACGUGCCUCCUGCGAGAACAGGUACAGCGAUGUCACGAUCGACGCUUGGCCCUGCAUCUGGCCCGACAUCAUUGAAUAAUGACUCUUCGCGUGGUACCCCUGUAUCUGGAUAUCGCAACCUGACUGACUCGGAAGCGCAACCGUAUCGCACAUUCACACCCGCGAAUGACCCCUACGCCCGUUCAGGCACGCCAGGAGACCCUGUCUCUACUCACCGCGGACCCUCGCAUACACCUGCUGCCAACCCCUAUGCACGACCAAAUAUGCCCGCAGCUCCUCCCGCUGAUGAUUAUUUCGGCCGUUCCCAUACACGUGCCACUGAUCCGUAUGCCCAGUCGGACAUACCUGAACCGCCUAUCAUUGAUUAUGGUCGCUCCCACACACCUCUUGCCGAGGCUUAUGACCAAUACAACACCCAUGGCGCUCCCGUUACUGGCAGCAGUUACUACGACCGCUCACAUAGUCCCGAUCUUGAUCCCUACUCAAGGUCUCACACGCCUGGCGCUGCUGUCGUCGAUGAAUACUACGACCACGAACAUGCAGCUGCUGCCGAUUCCUACGGCCGAUCAAAAACACCCGAUGGGUUUUAUGGACACUCUGAUGCUCCUACUCAAUACAAUCCUCAUAGCGUCCAGGACAACAUCUAUGGUGCGGAGAUUGCCCAAGGUAUUGACACAUAUGAUCACGGCCAUGAUCAGUACAGAGAGCAGCCCGGGGCCCACGCCAAGCAGUCCUCUUCCCAGCCUGCAAAACCGCCUCAAGACGGAUAUAGGUCCUACACUCCUGCCAGUACUGGAACGCAACCACCGCCAAUUGGCCCUCCUGGGCAGUCUUUUACACCAGUCAGCUAUGGCGGCACACCUGUUCCGCAACCCGGCGCUCAAGUGCAGCCAUCUCCGAGGACAUUCGCCACUAUGAGCCCGGAAAGCCCAGUUGGGUCGCAGAACAGCGGCUACGCAGCAUUUAACCCCCGAAUGGUCCCCCGGACACCACAGCCUCGCAUGCAGAGACCGGCUCCACCAAAUGGCUAUCAGCCCUUCAACCGUGCAAACACUGCCUCGCCGUCCACCAUGCAUCGAAAUGGCCCACCAGCAGGACAUUCAUUCAAUCGUGCGAACACCCACCAAUACUAA